CCGACAUGGCGAGUGUUGUGCUGCCGAGCGGAUCCCAGUGUGCGGCGGCAGCGGCAGUGGCGGCGGCGGCGGCGCCUCCCGGGCUCCGGCUCAGGCUUCUGCUGUUGCUCCUCUCGGCCGCGGCACUGAUCCCCACAGGUGAUGGGCAGAAUUUGUUUACAAAAGACGUGACAGUGAUUGAGGGAGAAGUUGCAACCAUCAGCUGCCAAGUGAAUAAGAGUGACGACUCUGUGAUUCAGCUCCUGAACCCCAACAGGCAGACCAUUUAUUUCAGGGACUUCAGGCCCUUGAAGGACAGCAGGUUUCAGUUGCUGAAUUUUUCUAGCAGUGAACUCAAAGUGUCGUUGACAAAUGUCUCCAUUUCUGAUGAAGGAAGAUACUUUUGUCAGCUCUACACUGACCCCCCCCAGGAGAGUUACACCACAAUUACUGUGCUGGUCCCACCACGUAAUCUGAUGAUCGAUAUCCAGAAAGACACUGCAGUGGAAGGCGAGGAGAUUGAAGUCAACUGCACUGCCAUGGCCAGCAAACCAGCCACAACUAUCAGAUGGUUCAAAGGGAACACGGAGCUAAAAGGCAAAUCGGAGGUGGAAGAGUGGUCAGACAUGUACACUGUGACUAGUCAGCUGAUGCUGAAGGUGCAUAAGGAAGAUGAUGGGGUCCCUGUGAUCUGCCAGGUGGAGCACCCUGCAGUCACCGGAAACUUGCAGACCCAGCGGUAUCUAGAAGUACAGUAUAAGCCUCAAGUGCAUAUUCAGAUGACUUACCCGCUACAAGGCCUAACCCGGGAAGGGGACGCGCUUAAGUUAACAUGCGAAGCCAUCGGGAAGCCCCAGCCUGUUAUGAUAUCUUGGGUGAGAGUCGAUGAUGAAAUGCCUCAACACGCCGUAUUGUCUGGGCCCAACCUGUUCAUCAAUAACCUAAACAAAACAGAUAAUGGUACAUACCGAUGUGAAGCUUCCAACAUAGUGGGGUCUGCUCAUUCGGAUUACAUGCUGUAUGUAUACGAUCCCCCCACAACUAUCCCUCCUCCCACAACAACCACCACCACCACCACCACCACCACCACCAUCCUUACCAUCAUCACAGACACAACGGCGACGACAGAACCAGCAGUUCACGGCCUUACUCAGUUGCCCAAUUCCGCAGAAGAACUGGACAGUGAGGACCUCUCAGAUUCUCGAGCAGGCGAAGAAGGCUCGAUACGGGCAGUGGAUCACGCUGUGAUCGGAGGCGUCGUGGCCGUGGUGGUGUUUGCCAUGCUGUGCUUACUUAUCAUUCUGGGACGCUAUUUUGCCAGACAUAAAGGUACAUACUUCACUCAUGAAGCCAAAGGAGCCGAUGACGCAGCAGACGCAGACACAGCUAUAAUCAAUGCAGAAGGAGGACAGAACAACUCGGAAGAAAAGAAAGAGUACUUCAUCUAGAUCAGCCUUUUUGUUUCCAUGAGGUGUCCAGCUGGCCCUAUUUAGAUGAUAAAGAGACAGUGAUAUUGGAACUCGCGAGAAAUUCGUGUGGUUUUUAUGAAUGGCUGGAAAGGUGUGAGACUGGGAAGGCUUGGGAUUUGCUGUGUAAAAAAAAAAAAAUGUUCUUCGAAAAGUACACUCUGCUGUUUGACACCUCUUUUUUUUUUGUUUGCUCGGGGUUUUUUGUUUUUGUUUUUGUUUUUUUUAGUUAUUAUUUCUUCCUACCAAGUCAAACUUGGAUACUUGGGUUUAGUUUAGGUAGAUUGCAGAAAAUUCUGUGCCUUGUUUUUUGUUUGUUUGUUAUGUUUCUUUUUUCUUCCUUUCUGCACAUUUAUUUUUCCCAAAAAAUUUUGGAAUUUUUUUCCAAAAUCUCCCAUAUUGGAAUUUGCCUGCUGGGAUUCCUUAGAAUCUUCCCCCCCCACCCCUUUUUUUUUGUUGUUAUUGUUUUGACUUUUGUUUGUUCUUAAAGUAACUGCUUUCUGUUGAAAAUUCAGUUUCAUAAAAGGAGAACCAGCACAGUUUAGAUUUCAUAGUUCAGAAUUUAGUGUAUCCAUAAUGCAUUCUUCUCUGUUGUCGUAAAGAUUUGGGUGAACAAACAAUGAGAACUCUUUGCUGCUGCCCAUGUUUCAAACACUUAGAGCAGUGAAGACUAGAAAAUUAGACUGUGAUUCAGAAAAUGUUCUCUUUGCGGUGGAACUACAUUACUGUACAGGGUUAUCUGCAAGUGAGGUGUGUCACAAUGAGAUUAAAUCUGUCUUAAAUUCCAUAUCUGUAGACGGCUCAGUAGAGUUAUCCCACACUGUCCAGAAAGGUUUGGGGCAUAAAGGGCUCCUCCUUUUUCAAUGCCCUAAACAGACCUGACAAGUGGGGUCUGUUCCUUUUAUAUAAGUGGACAAAUUUGAGUUGCCACAGGAAGGGAAGCAGGGAGGGAGGAAAGAUAGUUCUGCUCUGGUUAUUUCUGUUCAGAAUGACUCCAUCCACUUUUCCCAAUCGGCCUUACUUCUCACUAAUUUGUAGGAAAAAGCAAGCCCACGUGGUGUGCAAAUGACUGAAUGGGACAGGGUUGGUUUUUUUUUUUAUUUUUCCUCCCUUGUGCUUAGUUAGGAAGACAGGAGGAUGUGGCCUGCAUGUACUGUAUAUUACAGAUAUUUGUCAUGCUGGGACUUCCAACUCGAAUCUCUGUGAAACUUUCAUUCCUUCAGAUUGGGUUUGACAAAGGCAGGAGGCACAAAAGAAGGGCCGGUUUUGUUCUUACGCUGGUCUGGCGUCCAUCUCAGCUCUCGGAAGGUCAGAGCAGAGGUGGAAAAAACAGCACGUAGGGAUUUUCAGUUACUUAAUCAAAACUCAAAUGUAUUUUUAUCUUUUUACCUUUCAUACACUAGCCUUGGCCUCUUUCCUCAGCCUUAAGAACCAUCUGCCAAAAAUUUACUGAUCCUCGCAUGAUGGCCGCCGUAGUGCACAGCUACUAAAAAUAAGUCACCUGGAACAUAUCUUAGAUGGGGAGCCUUGGGAUAAGGUAGAGGAGUCAAGUUACCAUUUGCAUUUUUUUAACAAAAUGUGGAGAUUUUCAAUGAACCAUCUAGGAAAUCGAGAGGUAGUGCUUGAAGGAUGGAAACUAAACUCUUACCAUAUGUUGUGGUGAGGCUCCAGACUCCUGGUAACAGUCCCUAUGGAAAGAUGGCAUCAAAAAAGAUAGAUCUCCCUCUAUAUAUAUAAAUAUAUAUUAUAUAACAUUUUCAGUGAGUAAUUUUGGAUUUGCAAGGUACAUUUUUACUACUGUUAUGUUCUGUGGAAAACAUACGCUGAUUUAUUUAAGGGGAAAAAGGUGUCAGCUCUUUGUUAUGUGAAAGCGUGUUUAUUUUUCUUGUUUUUAUUUUAACCUUUGAUAGAACCAUUGCAAUAUGGGGGCCUUUUGGGAAUGGACUGGUAUGUAAAAGAAAAUCCAUUAUCGAGCAGCAUUAUAUUACCCCUCUCCUAUCCCUAGGCACUUACCCAAGACAAAAAGCCACAACCAACAUCCCUUUUUCAAUGACUUUUAUAACACGCAGCUCUAUUUCGAGCCGUAGCACCAUACUGACCAUAGUCUGACCAUAUCAAAGGGUGAGAACCAUUUAGCAUGUUGUUGAAAGACUUUUUUUAGUUGUUAUUUUUAGGCAGAAGAAAAAAAAAAAAAACCUACCAUUUCUCAUGAAAUUGGCAUCUCAUGUUUGGAGCUUCCCAUCUUUCUGUUUUGACAAGUGUACAGUAGUGCAGUGUCCCUGAUGUAACUUUAUGGCUUACAAUGUUGACAUGUCUCAGGUUCAUGUGUUUUGAUUGGUGUUUUCUGUCUCAGGUAGAUUGCAAAGCGUAGGCCCCACACAUUGGAAAAAUAAUAAUAAUAAUAAUAAAAACAAAGCAAAAACAGGAAAUUAUGGAUUUUAGUUGUAUAUUGGUUUAUGUAUUUUUUAAGUAUACAGUGCACUGUUUGAAAUGUAUUGUUGAGUAUUACUUUGUACAGGUUGAUCACUUUUUUUAGAGUGAAGAAAGAACAAACUUGUUUUUUGUGUUUUUUUUAAAGGAAUAUAAAAUAAUGAAGGAUGUAUAAUUGAUGCCAAAUAAGCUUGUUCUUUAGUCACGCAGCCGUCUGACUUUUCCCUUUAGGCCAGUUCUGUUUUUAAGGUGUACACAGACAAUGUUACAGUGUAAGAAACUUCAUACCCAUAUGUUCUCAUUCGCAUUUUGUAUUGGUUCAUGUAUACCAUUUUUACAAAAAAAAAGAAAAAAAGAAGUACUAUAAAAUAUCUGUCUUCUUAAUAAAAAAAAUUAAUGUUACAAAGCGAUCCUUUAAUCUCAUUCUGGACUUCUUGUGGACACCUCAACGUGAGAGAAGAGAGGGGCCACUGGUCCCA